AUGAAAGCAUUGGCGCAUGCUGUGAAGUCCCUCAGCCUUGGCUGGGUCCACGAGAUCGACACAGCUCCCCCGGCUUACUACGCGAGGCGAUUCAAGACGCCUCUCGCCAGGAAGGUGCAAACUUUCCGCGAGCCUGAGGAUCGAGUUACACGCUUUGUUCGACGCUUGCGGCUGGGUAUCGAGAACGGAACCGUGCCUUGCCCCACCUUCGUCAGUGUCGAGCGGCCCCGCGCAGAGACCGACCCCGCGCGUGGCGGACAAUUGCUAGUGGCCCGGCGCGGUCUGCUCCGAAGCCGGGCCGAGGAGGUGGAAGCAUUUCUGGAUAUGGACAGGCACGCGCUGAUCUUUCAGGAAAUGGCGCGACGUCCAUAUGCGCGUGGCCGUCGCCCCACCUCCCUGGUUGCCUGUUACAAGAUUCGGCGGGUCUACUUGACCAUCGUAUGCUACAGGAAGAUUGAAGCUGAGCCCCCUGAGUCCCGGCGCUUCACCGUGGCUGACGACGAGGAGCCACUGAGGUUCACGGCACCUUCUCGGCGCCAGGCCAAGCUGUGGGUCACGGCCUUGGAGGUUGCAGCUGGCUACGUCGAGUCCAAUGUGGAAGAUGUCAGGGAAGCGCAGGCAGCAGCUCUGGUCAGCUCUGCCAGUGGCCGCCCUUGUGAUGUGGCCUUCCUGUCAAAGCCGGCGUCAGCGGUGCGUGCAGCACUGCUGGGCUCUCUGGAUUUCCUUCUGGAGGACAAGGAGCUUGCAGCGGUGCUCAGCACUGCCCGCCAGGCGAGACAUGGGCUGCUGGAACCAUAUCUGCUUGGGCCCGAGGCAGAACGCCGAUGGCAGAAAAGGCGGUUGAAGUGGAUUUUUGGCUUCGUGGAUGCAGAUGGAACGGGAGCUCUGUCCAUCGAGAAGAUCAAUCUGCUUUGGCACGAGAUGAACAUCAACGAAGAGGAGGGUCAGCAGGUCCUCACAGCCUUCCUGCGAGAGGAACGACAGGGGCGGCGAUCCGGUGGUGGCCGCCAGAUCGGCAGUGGACAGGUCUUUCGGCUCCAGGAUUGGACUAAGAUGCUCUCUCUGGUGGACAGUGCAUAUGUCAAGGCCGUCCACCAGUGCGUGCGGGACCACCUCCAACUUGGCCGGGCAGUCUCGCGCAGCAGCGGAUCGAUGUCUGAGCUCAUGGCGCCCAACCUGAGCUCGGAAGCACCUACAAUGCAGGUCACUGCAGCUGACUUGGCAGGCUUCUUCGCAGCCGUGCAGGGCGUCUGGCCACCCCCGUCAGAGCAGCAAGUUGAAAGGCUAAUCGCGCCUCCCUGCACCCCUCUCCAAGCAGCACAGCCUCUCUGCUGA